AUGUGUUCCAUCGAAAUGACAGAAACAUCCGUUGAAAGAGUCGAAACAACUGUUCAAAAAAAGUCGAAUGCCAAAGGGGAAUCCCGGGUUUUACUGGAUGUCAUCUCUGAGCUUCAACAUUUACUGGGAAAUGAAUAUGAGACGUAUACGAUGUGCGUCACGGACUUUAUUGUUGGUCAAUUGAGUCGCAAAGAAUUGAAUAAUGUACUGUCCAAGUACUCUAAUGAUUCGAGAUUUGUCCAAUUGCAUAACCAAAUAAUUUUAAGUAUAGUCAGAGAUUUGCAAAGAUCAGGAAAGUCUGUCGUGAAUAAUUUGCCAUGGGUGAAACGAAAACGAUCUGAUGGAGCUUUGUUUGUUCACAAAAAACACACCUCGCAUAAUACACAAGCUAAAAAAUUGAAAAAAAUUAUUCUUUCUUUAAGUUCUAAGGACAGGGCGCGGAUUAAGGCGGUUUUGAAGGAAAAUACUGGCUUUCAACCACAGCUUCCUGGACUAUUACUGGAAACGAGAAUUGCCAAACUGCCUAAAAUUCCAGUUUCUCGUGAUAAACUAAAUUCUGUAUUUGUUAAUGAUAUUAAGGCUGGUUACGUUGCUCCCCUCGCCUCUGAAACUUUGGAAGUUCCUGAUGCCGAUUCCCUGAAAGAACGCAUCACUGCAAUUGCUUUAGAAAAUGGUUUAUUAGGAGGGAUUGAAAAAUCUGUUCCUGAAGUUAUUUUGGCGGGAUUGGAAAACCAUCUAAAAAAUAUUUUCUCGAAGUGCUUUUCCAUUUUGGAUAGGCUGAUGGAAAAAAGACAGCACCAUGAUUCUUCAUUUACAUUACAAGAUUUAAGCUUGACUUGGUCAAUAGAACCGCAUAUGCUCGUUGAAGAGUAUCCUCAUAAUGCCAAAAUUCCGUUUCUACUUCAUGACGCUGCUAUGGAGGAUGAACUAAAUACAGCUACCAAAGAAUUUUCUUCUCCUUUACCCGACUACAUGAAGCCGAUGGACACGUCUUCUGAUGAGCGCGAAGCAGUAGCAGCUUUGCUAGACGAUGUAAUUCCUUUAGAUUAA